AUGGAACUCAUCUGGCGUGACGGUCUUGAAGUCGUUAAAGAUCUCUUUGCAAACCUGAUAUUUUCCAAUCACAUGAUGUACGAUCCCCACCUUGUUAUGACUGGCUCAGAGCGUGAAUACGGCGAAUUCUUCACUAGUGAGAGGGCUUUCACCAUUCAAAAUGACCUUCCAGAAGGCGCCACUAUAGUACCAAUCAUUCUUGCAUCUGACAAAACACCCGUAACCAGGAUGACAGGAGGAUUAGAAAUGCACCCAAUAUUCCUUAUGAUUGGCAAUAUUCAAUCCGAAGUUCGAAUGAAGGCCACCGCUCAUGCAUGGCGUUGUAUCGCAUUUAUCCCAAUUCCAAAGUUCGAUGCUCACGCAGACUAUCAAACGCUCCUCCAUGCCCGUCUCUUCCACAAAUGUAUGGACACGAUAUUCGCCAGAUGCAAAGUUGCCACAAAGAUUGGUGAAUACAUGGCAGAUCCCAUGGGUUAUAUCUGGCACUGUUUUACUCCGCUUGUCGCCUACACAGCCGACCUUCCUGAAGCACAGCUUGUUGCUUGUGUCUCGAAGAACGCAUCACCGGUCAUGAUGGCCACUCAAAGUGACUUCGGUAGUGCUCAUAUCCAUCCCCCUCGAACAGGCCAACACACGCUCACGCUCAUCUACGACCUAUCCAAACACAUUGAUCCAUGGAGUGUACCGCGCUUCCAAGUCGAAGCUAAAUUGUUGAUGCUUAGUGGCGUCCAUCAACCGUUUUGGAGAGAUUGGAGGUUUGCGGAUCCUGGUUAUAUGUUGCCUGGCGAACUCCUUCACACCUGUCAUAAGUUUUUUGGUGACCAUGCUCUAAAAUGGUGCAAGGAAGUUGUUGGGGAGGAGGAACUCGAUGCACGUUACAAGGCUCACCAUAAACGAGUCGGAACACGUCAUUUUGGCUCUGGCGUCUCCCACAUCAGCCAGAUGACUUGCCGGGAACAUCGCGACAUUGAACGCACCAUGAUUGCCACUAUCGCUGGCGCGACAAAUGCAACCCCCGAUUUCGUUCAUGCUAUACGUGCCCUCACUGAGUUCUUUUAUCAGGCACAGAGCCCCGUGCACACCGACUCAUCCAUCGCUUCUAUGGUUCAGUCCCUCGACAAGUUUCAUCGCUUAAAACAAGGCAUCCUCGAUGCCGGUGCUUGGAGAGGCAAGCGUGGAACCAUCGACAACUUUCUCAUCCCAAAGUUGGAGUUGUUUCACAGCUUUGCUGGAUCUAUCAGAGCUCUCGGUGGUUUCAUCAGGCAUUUGACCAGAGUAUAA